AUGGCCGUCCCUUCACCACCUCCUCCCGCCAACGGCACCCCGGUUGCCUCUAUCGGAGAGUCUUCUCCUCCCAGCAGCAAACCAGGCUCCCCUUUUGUUGAACGCAGCAACCCAAUGGGCUCUGGAAACGCCCAGACAGUUAGCUCCAAGGACCCCAAGGCUGUGGCCCAGGCAGCUACUGAUAUGAAGAAUGUCGUUCGCCGCAAGUUGACCGGCUACGUUGGAUUCGCCAAUCUGCCCAACCAAUGGCACCGCAAGAGUGUUCGCAAAGGAUUCAACUUCAACGUAAUGGUUGUUGGUGAAUCUGGUCUCGGAAAGUCGACUCUCGUGAACACUCUCUUCAACACCUCCCUCUACCCCCCUAAGGAACGCACUGGCCCCAGCCACGACAUUAUCCCGAAGACUGUGGCAAUUCAGUCCAUCAGCGCCGACAUUGAAGAGAAUGGCGUUCGCCUUCGCUUGACCGUUGUUGACACUCCCGGAUUCGGUGACUUUGUGAACAACGAUGACUCGUGGCGUCCUAUUGUCGAGAACAUUGAGCAGAGAUACGAUGCGUACUUGGAGGCUGAGAACAAGGUCAACCGUACCAACACCGUUGACAACCGUAUUCACGCCUGUGUCUACUUCAUCCAGCCCACUGGUCACUCGCUGAAGCCUCUUGACAUAGAGGUUAUGCGCCGAUUGCACACCAAGGUUAAUCUGAUUCCCGUUAUUGCCAAGGCCGACACCUUGACCGACGAGGAAAUUGCUCUCUUCAAGCAAAGAAUCUCCGCCGAUAUCCAGCACCACUCGAUUCAGAUCUUCGAGGGCCCCCGCUAUGAGCUUGACGAUGAAGAAACCAUCGCUGAGAACCAGGAAAUCAUGUCGAAGGUCCCCUUCGCUGUGGUUGGUGCCAACACAGAAGUCACCGCCGCCGAUGGCCGCAAGGUCCGCGGACGUAGCUACCCCUGGGGUGUUAUCGAGGUCGACAACGAGGAACACUGCGACUUUGUCAAGUUGCGCCAGAUGUUGAUCAGAACCCACAUGGAAGAGCUCAAGGAGCACACCAACAACUCGCUCUACGAGAACUACCGCUCCGACAAGCUCACCCAGAUGGGUGUUGCUCAGGACCCCAGCGUGUUCAAGGAGGUCAACCCCGCUGUCAAGCAGGAGGAGGAGCGUGCCCUGCACGAGCAGAAGCUCGCCAAGAUGGAGGCCGAGAUGAAGAUGGUCUUCCAGCAAAAGGUCGCAGAGAAGGAGAGCAAGCUGAAACAGAGCGAAGACGAACUAUAUGCCCGACAUCGCGAGAUGAAGGAUCAACUGGAUCGUCAACGCACAGAGCUGGACGAGAAGAAGGGCCGUCUCGAAAGCGGACGACCAAUCGAAGAAAAGGGAAAGAGAAAGGGUUUCUCUCUCCGUUAA